UGAACCUUUUGCACACUAUCAAUCGGUUGGAGAAAAUCCUUGCGGGGCUUUACUUUCCCCUGCCAGCCGAAGCAGCGGCUUCCGUCCGUCUGAUCAGGAUCGGAAUCUCACGGACGUCAUGCAUCCAUGCCUUGCUCACCUCAGCUUUCACAAGUUUGAGCCGUAACAUACUAUAUUCAUUGCAGUAGAUUAUUCCGCAGGUCAUCUUACUGUUGAAGAUAUUCUGGCAGCGGUUUUGUUGCUGGAUGUCCGGAAGCUACUGUCCUAGGUACAUCACGCACCACCACACUUUCAGACGAAGGCGCCCUACCCUCGGGUACAGACGACAAAGCUUUCCAUUCAGAAACCAUGCCCCUCCAUCUCCUCGGCAAGAAGUCAUGGCACGUGUACAAUGCCGACAAUGUGGCGCGGGUGCAGCGCGACGAGGCGGCGGCGCGAGCCCGCGAGGAAGCCGACGAGGAGCGCAUGCAGGCGGCCGACGCCGAGCGCCGGCUCGCCAUCCUGCGCGGCGAAGUGCCGCUGCCGCUUGAGGGAGAUGAGGAUCAAGAUGAGAGAAAACGCCGUCUCUAUGGCACCUCGGCCGAAACACCAGCAGCAGCGGCCUCCAGGGACGGCGACAGCCGCCGCGCCGACCGGAAGAAGCGCAAGCGUGCUGGCGAGGACGACACUGAUUUCGAGAUGCGGGUCGCGCGGGAGCAGGCCGAGGCCGGCGACCGCGUGGCGCGCGACCUGCUCGUGGGGCCUUCGGCAAAGCCUUUCUCGUCGGCAUCGUCGGCAGCCGCACCGUUGGUCGACAGCUGGGGCCACAUCUCGCUGUUUGGCGAGGUAGACGAAGUGGGACAGCAGCGGCUUCUCCUACCAGGGGGCAGGAGCAACAGCAGCAGCGGGAAGAACGAAGAGGCGGAGCGCGAGGCGGCGCAGAAGAAGCGGCAGUUCCAGGACCAGUAUCAGAUGCGCCUCGUCAACGCGGCCGGCAGGGACGGGCUGGGCCUGACGGACGGCGGGCCGUGGUACGCGGCGCCCGACGGCGACUCGUCGUCGGCCGCACCCGUGCCGUCCAAGAACGUGUUUGGGCGCGACGACCCCGGGCGCAAAGGGCGCGAAGCCGCGCGGCUCGACGCCAGCGACCCGCUCGCCAUGAUGAAGCGCGGCGCCGCCAAGGUGCGCGAGGUGGACAAGGAGCGGAGGCGGGAGGCCGAGGAGCGGCAGCGGGAGCUGGAGUCGCUGAAGAAGGAGGAGCGGCGGAGGAAGAAGCACAGGCGGCGUCGCGAGGAGGGGGAGAGUGGCUGCGACAGGACUAGGGAUGGCGUCGAUAGGGUCAGCGGCAGACACGCCGGGUCCGAGGGCCGGGAAUCCACUCGCCAUAGACGCCGUGAUGGGGCGCCUGAAGAGCAAAGGGACAGCCGGCACGGGAAGCACAGACACAGGGGCGACGAGAGCCACCGUCACCGAUCCUACAAGCCUGAGGCGACCGACGAUAGACAUAGACAUGACAGCAGACAUCGCCGCCACCGCGACGGCGACCGUUGAGGUUAUUUAUUUCUAGCAUGCAAGUAGCGACUCAAGAUACCCAAACCAAUAAUACCCAAAACAAACAC